UGACGGACGCGCGGCUCUCGUUUCUGCCACACGCCACACGGCUGCCACAAGUGUUUGCUGAGGAACGUGUGCCACUCCUCCGCCACAGCUGGUGAUCCUCUGUUGCUGCUGCUGCUGCGAAGAACCAGCGAACCCUCGCCACCCACGGCCGAACGAGACGAGCAUGACGCAAGCGACUGCGUGAAGCGUCCAAAUUCCAGCAGCAUCGUCGCCGGCCUGUGGUGGUGCCGCCGCCGCCCAUCUUCUUAUAUCCUAGCCUACAUUUUUUGACGACGAAGCAACAAAGGAAGAAGGCAAGAAAUGACUGCCGCGGCCUCUCUCCUCUCUCUAUUCCCCCGACCCGCCCCUUCCCAACAACCAUGUCGCUUCUCCUCCGUCCACCCUCCUCCUUCGCGAAGAAAACCAUCCUUCUCCAUCUCCAUCCCCCACGCCGCCGCUCCCUCCUCCUCGAACCCCACGCCUACGACUUCGGAAGAGCCACCGAAGCCCCAGAUCGAGCUCGAGUUCCUUGGCCCGAAAGCUGGAGCCGACGGGGCGUACCCGGUGGACAAGGCGUCCGCGGUCAGCGGCGAGAAGCUUCUCCGCAACAUUAUGCUCGACAACAAGAUUGAGCUCUACGCCGCCUACGGCAAGGUGAUGAACUGCGGAGGAGGUGGGAGCUGCGGUACUUGCAUUGUCGAGAUUGUUGAUGGCAAAGACCUGCUUAAUGAGAGAACAAAAACUGAGCAACGGUAUCUGAAGAAGCAGAAGCCUGAAUCUUGGAGGCUUGCCUGUCAAACUAUUGUCGGGAAUAAGGAGAACUCGGGCAAGGUUGUUGUUCAACGGACGCCUCAGUGGAAGACAUGAUUCAUUACUCCUGAAACAGAGAUGACAGAAAUCUCAGUAUCAUUGUAGUCAUUGUUUGUACAUAUUCUGAAUCCUAUUCACCAAGAUAGGAUAAUUAAGAUCAUCUUCUUCCCGUAA